GGCCGGGACGCUUGCCGAUAUGAAUACGGGGUCGAAUACGCUCCCGGUGGAGUUCUGGAGGUUUUCCGGAUGAGGGGAAAUGGACAUGAUAUUGCUGCCACACGUACUUAUGGCCAGCAGGAUAUGUACCUCGAAUGAGAAAUCGACACCGACAAUGCAGUUGUUGAAAAGUUGAAAGCACCACAUCGAUAAACACCAUGUCUCAAUUCCAUCCAACCAUUUCCCGGGAAUCACUUCAGGAUAAAGUGAUAGUUUUGACAGGAGGUGCCCACGGAAUAGGCAAAAGUCUAGUCGAAUUAUGCACCCAACACGGCGCCUACGUAUGUUUCGGCGACAUUGACGAAAAGGCUGGCCGUGGCGUCGAAGAGAGUGCAAACGCUAGCCAGAAAUCAUCACCGCCCACGGCCAGAUUCGUCCCUGUGGACGUCACGAAUUACCAGUCCGUACUGUCACUAUUCAAGACUGCACUCUCCUUAUACGGACGAAUUGACCACGUCGUUGCCAAUGCCGGAAUCGUCGAACGAGGGAACUGGUUCGAUCCCGCAUUGACAGUGGAAAGUGUCGAAGAACAACCCACAACCAAAGUCCUCGAUGUCAACCUGUUGGGUUGUCUAUACACCGCACGCAUAGCAAGCGUGUAUCUGCGCCAAAACCGCAGAGAAGGACAAGACCGCUCCUUAACACUGGUCUCAUCCGUAGCCGGCUUCAAAGAAUCACCGGGUCUAUUUGUGUACCAAGCUAGUAAACACGGUGUUCUGGGGCUAAUGCGCUCGUUGAGGAAAUACAUCACUUUCCCUACAACGCAUAAUAUUCGCGUUAAUGCUAUUUGUCCCUGGAUGACCGAGACGGCUAUGGUGGCUGGUAUUGAGGAUGGGUGGCGCAAAGCUCAACUCCCGAUUAAUCAACCGUUGGAUGUGGCCAAGGUUAUUACGGGUGUUCUAGCUGCUGAGGGACAAGAAGAGAGGGUGAGUGGGAUGGCGAUGUAUGUUGAAGGUGGGCGUGCGUGGGAGAUUGAGCGGAAUUUGGAUCGGUUGCAGCCUCAGUGGUUGGGGGAGGAGCCUUCGGAGUCGCUUGAGAAGGGGCAGGCUGUUUUGGGGGACGGUAUGAACUGGGCUCAAUGA